AUGGAGUGGUUUGUUGAAGUUCUUGUUCACGAAUAUCAAAUUAUGGUGGACCAAGUUAAAGGUUGGUUUUGGGUGCAACUUCUUUCUUCGAUUGCUUUGAUAUCUUUAGGUUGUGUUUUGUUCUGGAAUCAUUUUGAGAAGAUUAGCCGCUUUUUUAAAGAUAGGCAUGUUAGUUUUCUUAUAACUAACGUCUGUUACCUAGUAGCCGUUUUAUGUGGAGUGCAUUCAGCUGGUAUUAUGUUUUGGGUUGGCGGAAUGUCAACUGAAUUAGUGGAUAAAAUAGUGGCUAAGAAGUAUAAAGAACUUUGGUUUGUGGGUUCAGCUACCUUUAUGUAUGUCUUCUGUAUUUGUUGUUUGGCAUCUAUUCAUCUGGUACUGGGUUUAGUCUUAGGCGUAAUAGCUAGUUUAGUACUGGGUAAGUUGUUUAUACGACACCAGAAGUUUACUAUGCAUUUAGUUGAAGUUCUAGCAGCUUCUGUACUGCUUAGUAUAGGCAGUACCGGACUAUGGGAACUAUGGACACUAAGUUUGGAUAAAGGCCUUUAUUAUAUUCAACGAACGUCAUGUGGCCUCAUUAGAGUUAUCUUUGGACUCUUAGCCAUGUCUUAUAUUACUAACUUUAUGAAGUAUCUGAUCAGAGUGAAUGUCGAGUUUGAUAGUAGCCAAAGAGAGGUACUUGAUUAG